CUCUGCAUUUCUAAUUGUAAGCACACAAUGAGAGAGCCUUGCAUAGGUUCAAUGGAAAAUGAGCACGUCCUUCCUGUAAACGCGUGAGAAGGGGAAGUAAACCGGGAGUUAAAGCGCAAGGAAGUGGAUUCCUCUCGCGGUUCAUGAGUUAAUGGGGAUGGUAUUGAGUUGCUCUUGGUGUCUCUGAUGCGGUGCUAAUGGUGUGAAUGUGCUUUGACAGCAGUCCAUGAAGGAGGCCGGAGAUGGGCUCCAGGAUCAGAUGAAUUGUAUGAUGGGCGCUCUCCAGGAGUUGAAACUUCUCCAAGUGCAGACAGCUUUGGAACAGCUGGAGAUUUCGGGACUGCGGAGCCAACCGCCAUCCAUCAUUCCCCGCCAGCCACGGCUGAGGAAUGGGAGAGAGGACUCCAAGAUCAGGCAGUGCCUGCAGGAGAAACACAGCAACCCCAGCGGCAGUGGUGCAGUCCCCCCAUCGGGCGACGUCUCCUUAUUCAGGCCGGCCGAUAAGCCUGUGAGUGGCUGGUCAGGGGAUUAUCUGAAGGAGGCAUCCUGUUUUGAGGUGCCGACGUCGGCGACGUCUUCUGGGGCUUUAGACUGUUUGAAGAAUGGGCUGGCAUCGCCUAGAGUUGACCUCGGUCAACAAGCGGUUCCAUCAACAGAGAAACGCCGGAUUGCAGCGGCCAGCAAGACAGUCGGUGAGACAACCCAAGCCAGCGAGGGCUCCAACGAUUGGACCUCAUCUCUGCUCUCCCAGAGCAGGAACAGGCAGCCCCUCAUUCUAGGGGACAAUGUCUUCGCAGACUUGGUGGGUAACUGGUUGGACUUGCCCGAGCUGGAGAAGAUAUCGCAGGCCGCCCCUGUGGAGGGUAGGGGUCGACAAGACCACGUCCCCAUUAUCAGCAAGUCUCAGGAAUUCCAGAAGAAGUUAACGCUCACGGCCAAUAUCUUCAAGAAGCUGCUGAGGAGCGUGCGGCCAGACAAGGGCAAGCGAGCCCAGGCGGCGGCCGCCAACCCAUCGGAAUCAAUCACUAAACGAUCCAGCAAGGCGUCUAAGCAGAAGGUGACUUUUUACUUUGCAUUGCGAGGCAAUGGCGCGCCAGCCAGCCGGCCCCUGGACGGCGCUGGGAGUGGGGCUACCAUACCAGAGGAACACAGUCACCGUGCCCACACUUGCACCAGGAAGCUGGUCCAGCCUGUGACGAGCAAACACUCUCAAUUUGACUACAACACAGUGGUUUGGGUCUGAAUUUAGUUCCUGGCAACACAAGUGAACGAAUUUGCACUUAAUUCCUUUGCCACGUUUCAUAGCUCCCUCCCCCAACUGUUUACAGUACAUUUUUAUCAAAAUGUUUUUUUUUUGUUUGAAUGGUUGAGUGUCCAGAUUGAAUUGUAUCAAGACUAUUUAAUGGGUCAUUGGUGGAUGAAGUGUGUUCAAACUUGAUACUUCUUCAGUUUGUUGAAGAUUUAUACCUGAACUGUGAUAUCUCAUCUGGUAACUCAGCCUUGAGGUUAUGGAACCUUCCAUCACAUCAUCCACUGGAACAUUUGGUGCACUAUGAUGUAAUGGGUCCUUUAUGUCCUUCUGGGUUAGAUACCAUUCACCAUUGAGCAGCAGACAGAUGCACAGGCUGGUUGGGCUCACAGAGACCCAAGGGCUUUUGAGUGUCCUAUGCUUUGAUCCAUUCCAUCUGAUGAGAGGCCUUGAGCCUACAGCAUUGGGUUGGAUUUGAGUCCUCCCUUAGUCUCCCAUCUCAGGGUUGUUGAAUCCAGAGCAGAAAUGGGACCACAAAUCUCUAUGGUGCCAAUGAUUUAAUAACCCAGUAAUACAUGGGAUUUUCCACUGCCACCCUUUGUCUGCAACAAAGCUUUCAUGGAACAUUACAGCACAGUACAGGCCCUUCAGCCCAUGAUAUUGUGGCAACCUUUUAUCCUACUGGAAAAUCAAUCUAACUCUUCCCUCCUACAUAGUGCUCCAUUUUUCUAUCAUCCAUGUGCCUAUCUAAGAAUUUCUUAACUAUUCCUAACAUAUCUGCCUCUAUCAGCAACCCUGGUAGAGCAUUCCAAGAGCCCACCACUCCCUGUGUGAAGAACUUACCUCUGACUUUCCUCUCAUCACCUUAAAGUUAUACCCCCUUCUAUUAGCCAUUUCCACCCUGGGAAAAGUCUUGGGCUAAUCACUUGACCUAUGCCUCUUAUCGUCUUAUAUAUCUCUAUCAAGUCACCUCUCUUCCUCCUUCAAUCAAAAGAAACAAGCCCUAACUCGCUCAACCUAUCUUUAUGAUAUGCUUUUUAGUGGAGGCAACAUCCUUGUAAUAAUAAUAAUAAUAAUAAUAAUGAUAAUUCUUCUUCUUCUUCUUUCCUUUCUUCCUUCCUUCUUUCUUUCUUUUUCUUUCUUUCUCUCUCUCUCUUCCAUAUCCUCCCUACAAAGAGGCAACCAGAACAGAACACAAGUGUGUUCUGCAACACUACCUCACAGUUCUUGAACCGAGUCCCCUUACUAAUGAAUGUCAACACACCAUACACCUCCUUAAAAACCCUCUCAACCUGCGUGGUGACUUUGAGGCUCUCCUCCUGCUUAACCUGCCACUUCCGUUUGCUGGCUUAUUUCCGCGUAGCAAAAUGAGUGGGCACAUGCUCAAUGUCACAUGGUGGUGUGACGACUUCAUCCGACGAGUGUGAGUAUUCUGUAGCCUGUGAACAAGUGAGAUGAAGCAUUGGAUUUUGGCUUUUACUUAGAACUGAUUUGACUGUUUUUAUCUGGAUGUAGUGUGUAAUGUGAGGUGUUAUGCCAGGUAAUAUCCUGGCCUGUACAGAGCUUUUGGUUGAGUGUGCUCUCCAUGGGGACACGGAGCUAGAUGAUCUAAUAAAUGUCGAUUGUGCCCCCA